UUUCCCCCUCCCUCACUGCAGCUCUUGGACCCGGAGCCGUCGGAGCCGAUGGCGGCCGAGACCUACGGGAACUUCGACACUCAGUCCCGCCGCUAUUAUUUCCUGAGCCAGGAGCCCCCCGAGGAGGCCGGGGGGGGAUCGGGGCAGCGCUGCCGGGAGCUGGAGCAGCAGGUGGCCACGCUGCUGGAGGAGAAGGGACACCUGGCCGCAGAGAACCGGGCGCUGCGGGAGCAGCUGGACUCGGACGCCGCCGGCGCCGCCGCCAAGAAGCUGCUGCGGCUGCAGACGCAGGUGGAGGAGCUGCAGGAGGAGAAUUACAGGCUGGAGAGCGGCAAGGAGGAGCUGCGGGAGCGCUGCUCGCGCCUGGAGCAGGAGGCGCGGGGGCUGCAGGUGCGGGCGCAGGAGCUCAGCGGGCUGGCGGGGGAGGCGCGGGCGCUGCGCGACGAGAUGGACCUGCUCAGGUGA